AUGGCUCCCUCAAGCAAUCAACCCCUGAAGCCAACAGCCUCCUCGUUCAACCCAGCAGCCUUUUCUUUCGUCCCUGCUCCUCUUCUUCCGGCCCCUCAAAGCUGGCAACAAGCAUCCAGUCCUCGAAUAGUGCCCUACGCCGACAAGAUCAAUCGACCCGCCGGCCCCGAAUGGUUCAACCUCUACCUGCUCACCCCAACAACAGCCACGAUCCGGUACUUUCCCUCCACGGCCCCUCUCAAUGAGAUCGCUAUGAAAACAUACUUCACAACAACCAUCAGUGACCUCCGACACAAUGACGACAAACGGGAUGAUCUCCUGAUUCUGUUGUCGAGGGGCCAACUGGAGUGGAAGGCCGAAGUGAACUAUCCUUUCUGCCUGACUGUGAAAAAUGCUCGGGCUGCUAGUGAGAAAGAUGAUAAGGUCUUCGACUUCAUCUUCCGCCUCUUUCGAAAUCAAUUAAAGGAUCGAGAGACCGGACGAACAGCAGACUGGGUCGCAGAGAACUUAAUGCAACAGAUGGAAGUCGAUGUCCAAGGAUAUAGGCGGCUCAUGAUGCUUCGUUACCCUGCCGUGGCUGUGAGCGAGCCCAUCGGAUUGCUAACUAGCUACGCUUUCUUCGAUGUCUGGUACCACGUCGACGUGAAAAAAGCCGGCAUCCACGCCUCCACGUCAGUGAGCGUGGUCACAGAGACGAAGGGUAUCCACCCGUAUCCAUCUAUGCGUGAUCCCAACCCAGCAGGCCGCAAGGAAAGCGAAUGGAUCGAUUAUCCUCACCAGGGAGCUAUGAAGAUGAUAUCAAAAGUUCAUGCCAUCGAAGCCCUUUCCUCGUGGUCGAAGGACAAGACUGUGGAGCAGAUCGAGGAGCAGAUCCGGGACGAUCAUGAGAGAAUCUUAUGUGUUCUGGAUAAGAUGGCAGAGGACGAUGAGGCGAGUUACGAUCAGUGCAUAAGAUACGUCACCGAUAGCUUCGCAUCGCAUGAUCCGGUCGAGACGGCGCUGAAAUGGCAGAAGGCUAUGAAGAAAGUCGUUCCCAGGGAGCGGAACGUCACGGAUGAGAUGAUCGCGAAAAGGAAAGCUGUGCUUGCAUCGCCGAAAGAGACUCCGCUGUUGAUCAGUCCGGCCGACUCUGGUUACGCCAGUGGUAAUAAGCAUGGAGCUGAUGUUUCGAAGUUUUCCUUGACCGAUGCGCCAAAAGACGAUGGGAUGGUAGUCGACAGGUCGAGACAGGAUGCUGAAGAGAUGGCGGAGGUCCAGGCCUACGAUGGUAGUAUGAAACUUACCUCGGGGAAAAGGAGCAACCCAGUCCCGUCAACCGCCGGACCUGCCACACAGCAAGCCAUUGGAUCAGAAAUAGCUGGCCCUGUGAACGCCAAGGCCAAAGAUACACCAGAGGCGGAGUCUGUGGUGCGUAGAACCGACUCGAUCUCCGAAGCAGCUGCGCUCGAGGCAGCAAAAGAUGCUAUGCCAGCAGAUGCAACAGAAGCAGCUCUCGAAGAUGACGACUCACCAAUUGAAUCCAAACACCAAGCGCGACAAGGCGAAGUCGAGAUCGACGAGGACGAUCUAUACUCACACCCUGACCCCGCUGUCGAAGCAGUGAGGAGAAGACAAGAAAAGCGAAACGAGCUCUACGCCCUCAUCAAUGCCGACCGUCUCGCAGCGGGGCGUGCUCCGCUCUCGCCGACCGGAGGCUAUCGUCCACCUAUUGGCUCCCGGCCAGAACGUGUCUCGGUAUGGUGUCCCAAGCGAAAGAUGUACGCUCCUAGCCCGGCACGCUGGUGGUUGAUACAUGCCGAGCAAAGAGAAGCGGAUGAGCAGAAGGUAGGUGAGGCCAAGGCGGCGAAGGAGGCGAGAAGGCGAGUAUUGGAAAAGGCGCUUCGGGCGCUGACGCCGAAGACAUUACCCGCUUGGUUGAGGAAGGGAAAUGAGUCCAGGGAGAGACGGUGGCAGUUGCAAACUUGGGCUGGGGAAAGCAGGGAACAGGAGCGGGAGCGGGCGAAGCUGGGGUUCCGGCCGAUGGUUUGGUAG